AAAUGACUGCUGAAAGUCAUUCUGCUCAUCGUCAAAGAAUUCCGUCACGACCCAGACCUAUCUCACCGGUACCUCGUGAUCGUGAAGAUUUACGGCGUCGGAUUGAACGGAAUCGCAUGUCAAGACAUAUUGCUGAAGAAAUCGAGGUUCUCCGUAAAAGAUUGGCUGAAAUUGAGACUCGACAGAAGUCACAAGAAGAUUCUCCCCGACAUGUCUCAACGUCGGGAAAUGUUAUUAUUGAAGCUGACUCGCCUUUAGCUCCAGAACUUUCUGCGGAGGCACUCCCUGCCAAGCAAUUACGUGCAGCUUUCCGAUCACACUUCAUCGGAGCUCAAGUUUGCCUUAUCCUAAAAGAAUCGAUCACUAAUAUCGUCCAAAAGGACGACGAAACCGUAAAGGAUUACAUAUCUCGGUUUAAUGACCGAAUUCAAAACAUGGAACCUUGUCACCCCGAGACCCUACUAGUGAUUGCAAUUGCUGGGUUAAAGCCCAAUUCGAUGUUUCAAUGGACCUUAUGUCAGAACAAGCCGGCUACCUUUCAAGAAUUCCUCGUACAAGCUCAACAAUUCAUUAUCGCCGAGGAGUCGAUAUCGGUUCCUAGUUUUGACUUCUGGGUAAAGGAGAAUAAGGAUGAAUCAGAUGCGAAAAAGAAGAAUAAGAAGAAUUUUGGGAAAUUGCCAUACCGAAAUUACUCAAAAGGAUAUGAAAAUACUCUGAAAUCCAGAGCUGCCCGAGACCAAUAUGCCGACAACGUGAGGACAGGCUAUCAAACCGUUUAUUCGGCUGGAGCAGCUACAAUUUUUGAAGAACUGAAAGGAAAGGGAAUUAUUCCUGAUCCAAAACCAGUAAGAACUUCUGAAGACAAGCUGAACAAAUCUCGAUACUGUGCGUACCAUAAAUCUCUGGGACACAAUACCGAUGAAUGCCUCGGCCUCUUAUCGGCCCUUUUACGUUUGAUUGGUCAGCCUCAACUUCAAAAGUUUAGAAAUUUUGACAAUCGCCGGAAAGGAAGGCCCGUGGAUCUUUUUGACGAAAAAGAUGAUGAUAAUCGACCCGCCAACCCGAAGAGAGUCCGUGCCAACGAUAAGGAAGUUUUUACGUUUUCUACCCUUGUCGGUACUUCGACCGACAACUGCAAAAAACCCAAAACACAUGACGCGUUGAACCCCUCUUACU